CAUGAAACCGCUUCUGUUGAAAUGUUUGAGCACCUGAUCACUUCCAAUCAGCUAGAAGAAGUCAUGAAGUCCUAUGGUCUUGUUCUGGAAGAAGAUAUGAUCUUCAUCAAGGAACAGAUAGCGGGGCCUGUAGAUGAAACUGCUUGUGAGGAAUCGUGGCCCUACCGUGGUCGACAGAAGGAGAAGAGUUUCCUCUAUGAGAUAGUAGCUAACAAAAAAAAUGGCAUUGACGUUGACAAAUGGGAUUAUUUUGCAAGGGAUUGCCAUCACCUCGGAAUCCAGAAUAAUUUUGAUUAUAAGCGAUUGCUUAAGUUCACGCGGGUCUGUGAAGCAGACAGCCAGAAGCACAUCUGUGCCCGUGACAAGGAAGCUGGAAAUUUGUAUGAUAUGUUCCACACUCGGCACUGGCUGCACCGGCGAGCAUACCAGCAUAAGACUGGCAACAUCAUUGAAAUAAUGAUUACAGAAGCCUUUCAAAAAGCAGACAAAUUUUUUAAAAUAGAAGGCUCUGGGGGAAAGUUCUACCAGAUUUCUACAGCAAUGGAGGACAUGGAAGCCUACACUAAGCUAACUGAUAACAUCUACCUGGAAAUUCUGCACUCGAGUAGUCCAGAACUGAAGGAGGCUCGAGAAAUUUUGCGUAAAAUAGAACGGCGUGAAUUAUACAAGUUUUUAGGAGAGACUCGACCUGAAGCAGUGAGGACAAUCAUGAAGGAAAACACUAAUAACCUGGCAGAAAGCUUUGCUAAUUCCAAGCCAAUAAAGGAUCCUCCAGCUGUGGAGCUGAAGGCUGAAGAUUUCGUAAUUGAUAUUAUCAAUAUGGAUUAUGGAAUGAAAGAGCAGAAUCCCAUCGAUAAUGUUCUCUUCUAUUGCAAGGCUGAUCCUUCCAAGGCAAUCAGGAUCAUUAAGGAACAGGUUUCAAAGCUUUUACCCACAACGUUUGCAGAGCAGGUGAUCCGGGUUUACUGCAAAAGUCAGGAUCCAGACAUUGUUUCAGCUGCAAAGCAGUAUUUAAUUCAGUGGUGUAUGAAGAACGAUUUCACCAAACCGCAGGACGGUGAUGUGGUUGCCCCUCAUCUAACUCCGAUGAAGAAAAGCUGGAACGAAACCAGAAAUGAGCACCACAGGAGAGCUUCUGAACCCACCUGCAAGCACAGGCUGCCUUUCGAUGAGUAG